AUGUCAACUACAACGACCGGAGCUAUGACAGCCACCACGGGUUGUGGAACCGCAGCCCAGUAUGAAAUUCCCGUCAAAGAUGCAUCGUGUGGAGUUCCCAACACCGACAAGUACAAAGGACUCCUUUCAAAAUGCGCGAAACCCGCUGGAGUAACUUCCUAUAACGACGACUGUGCUCUCUACGCUCUGGCCGUUGAUCAGUCAAUUCAAGAUCUUACCGACUGUCUCUACGACGCCAAAGUCGCCUGGAAGGACGUGUGGUGCCACGGAGACACCAAUGCCACCGCAACGGCAACCUCGUACCCCACUGCAUCGGAAACCGAAACCGCUUCGAAAACUUCUGCCGACAAGACAUCAACAGGUACAUCGACAGGUACCUCGACGGAGAGCGCAGCAACUAGCACUAGUACCAGCUCUGGGGCAGAUGUCUCUGUACCGAAGGUCCAUACCAGCUUGAAGGCUGUCAUGCUUCUUUCAACUCUUUUUGCCUCUGCCGUGUUCGUCGGAAUUUGA